AUGAGACCCUCAAAAUGUAUUCUCCGUGCGUUCACAAGACUCUCUCCAUCUAGAAACGCCGCGUUUCAACCACAUCCUUACCGUUGCAUAAACCAAAACAUCAACAGUCAAGAUCCAUAUAGAAUCAUCAAACUGAGAAAUGUUGUACCGUUUUGUACAAACCGGCCAAGUUCUGUUACACCUCAGGUUGCUUCCGAGGCAAGAAACGUCUCUGCUUCCAGAACAUGCACAAAGGAUCCGACAUUGGGUCAAACCAUCCCCAAGAACGGCUUUAAUGUGAAGCCAUUAACCGUUGAGAGGCUAGAAGAAGAUGAGAAAGAUGAAGAGGUUGUCGAUGGAGAUGUCAGAAACAUAGACAAGGAGGGUUUGGAGAGUGUCAGAAGAAAGGAAAUCGAGGAGGAGGCUUGGAAGUUGCUUAGACAAUCAGUAGUGACGUAUUGUGAUUCUCCUGUUGGAACCAUGGCUGCUAAUGAUCCAACCGAUACAGCACCUUUAAACUAUGAUCAAGUCUUUGUUAGAGAUUUUGUACCUUCAGCUCUUGCUUUCUUGAUGAAGGGAGAAAGUGAUAUUGUUAGGAACUUCCUUCUUUAUACGUUGCAGCUUCAGAGUUGGGAGAAAACAGUUGAUUGUUAUAGUCCAGGACAAGGACUAAUGCCAGCGAGUUUCAAAGUGAGAAUUUCACAUCUUGAAGAGGACAAGUUUGAAGAGGUUCUUGAUCCAGACUUUGGUGAGUCAGCUAUAGGUCGUGUUGCUCCUGUUGAUUCUGGUUUAUGGUGGAUAAUACUGUUGAGAGCAUAUGGGAAAAUCACAGGAGACUACUCGCUGCAAGAGAGAGUAGAUGUUCAGACAGGGAUAAAGAUGAUUGCAAACUUGUGUUUAGCUGAUGGGUUUGAUAUGUUUCCAACGUUACUAGUCACUGACGGCUCUUGCAUGAUAGACAGGCGUAUGGGUAUCCAUGGUCACCCUCUUGAGAUUCAAGCUUUGUUCUAUUCUGCUCUACGGUCUUCUCGUGAGAUGAUAACUAUAAAUGACAGCUCCAAGAACCUAGUAAGGACCAUUAACAACAGGCUAAGUGCAAUAUCGUUCCACAUUAGAGAAAACUAUUGGGUUGACAAAGGCAAAAUCAAUGAGAUUUACCGUUAUAAAACUGAGGAGUACUCUACUGAUGCAACCAACAAGUUCAACAUCUACCCGGACCAAGUUUCUCCGUGGUUAAUGGACUGGAUUCCUGAAAACCAUAGGUGUGGUUUUCUUGUGGGAAACCUCCAGCCUGCUCACAUGGACUUUAGGUUCUUCACUUUGGGAAACAUUUGGUCAAUUGUUUCUUCUUUGGGAACACCAAGACAGAACCAAGCUAUAUUGAAUUUGAUUGAAGAGAAAUGGGAUGAUCUCAUUGGACAUAUGCCACUUAAGAUAUGCUUCCCUGCUUUGGAAUCUUCAGAGUGGCAUAUAAUCACUGGGAGUGACCCAAAGAACACGCCUUGGUCUUACCAUAAUGGCGGGUCAUGGCCAACACUUCUCUGGCAAUUCACAUUGGCAUGUAUAAAGAUGGGUAGACCAGAGUUAGCAGAGAAAGCAGUUAAAUUGGCUGAGAAGAGGCUCCAAGCUGACCGGUGGCCUGAGUACUACGAUACAAGAGACGGGAAGUUCAUCGGAAAAAAGUCCAGGCUUUACCAGACAUGGACCAUUGCUGGUUUCUUGACUGCCAAGCAACUACUGCAGAAUCCUGAAAUGGCAACUUCCUUGUCUUGGGAAGAAGAUCUUGAGCUUCUAGAGACUUGUGUUUGCGUCCUAACCAAAUCAGGCCGGAAGAGUUGCUCCAGAGCCGCAGCAAAGUCUCAGAUUCUUAUCUAA